AUGGCGGACUCGCUGUCCUCAGGUCUGGGAGAGGAGCAGGAGAAGGAGAAGGAGAAGAAGGACGGGGAGAGAGGCGGGAAGGCUGCCCAAACAGAGAAGAACGAGGAGAAAGACGGAGUCACAGAGACGUUGGGUUUUAACGAUAAAAAUGGCGGCAGUAAGGGCAAGAAACGCAACCUGUCAGACUUGUCUCUGGUCAGAUUUAUAACCACUGAGCUGACCAGAGGAUACUUCCUGGAACACAAUGAGGCCAAAUACACUGAGCGCAGAGAGCGGGUCUACACAUGCCUCCGCAUCCCCAAAGAGCUGGAGAAGUUGAUGACAUUCGGCUUCUUCCUCUGUCUGGAUGCCUUUCUCUACGUGUUCACCCUGCUGCCCCUCAGGGUGAUUCUGGCCCUUUUACGGCUCCUCACGUUGCCUUGCUGUGGCCUCAGUGGCUCCCGCCUGCUCCAGCCAGCUCAGGUGUGUGAUGUGCUGAAAGGCUUCAUCAUGGUGCUGUGUUACUCCAUGAUGAGCUACGUGGAUUACUCCAUGAUGUACCACCUUAUCAGGGGACAGUCUGUCAUCAAGCUGUACAUCAUAUACAACAUGUUAGAGGUGGCGGACCGCCUGUUCUCAUCAUUCGGUCAGGACAUCCUGGACGCUCUGUACUGGACGGCCACCGAACCUAAGGAGAAGAAGAGAGCGCACAUAGGCGUGAUUCCUCACUUCUUCAUGGCUGUGCUCUACGUCUUUCUCCAUGCCAUCCUCAUCAUGGUUCAGGCCACCACUCUAAACGUAGCGUUCAACUCCCACAACAAGUCCCUGCUCACCAUCAUGAUGUCAAACAACUUUGUGGAGAUCAAAGGAAGCGUGUUCAAGAAGUUUGAAAAGAACAACCUCUUCCAGAUGUCCAACAGUGACAUAAAAGAGAGGUUCACCAACUACAUCCUCCUGCUCAUCGUCUGUCUGAGAAACAUGGAGCAGUUCUCAUGGAACCCUGACCACUUGUGGGUGCUGUUUCCUGACGUCAUCAUGGUGAUAGCCUCAGAGGUUGCCGUGGACGUUGUGAAGCAUGCCUUCAUCACCAAAUUCAAUGACAUCAGUGCUGAUGUUUACGGAGAAUACAGAGCCAGCCUGGCCUUUGACCUCGUCAGCAGUCGACAGAAAAAUGCUUACACAGACUACAGUGACUCAGUAUCCAGAAGAAUGGGCUUCAUCCCCCUUCCUCUAGCUCUGCUGUUGAUCAGAGUAGUAACCAGCUCAGUGAAGGUCCAGGGUUCGCUCUCCUGUAUGUGUGUGCUGCUGUUUUACUUGGGGAUGAUCACUCUGAAGGUGCUCAACAGUAUCGUUCUGCUGGGGACGUCUUGUGCGUUUGUCAAAGAGGCCAACAUGGAAGAAAAGCUCUUCGAUCCUCCACCCUCCGUUGUCUCCAGCCGCGCAAACUCCAGAGCUCACCGCACCAAACACGUUCCCACUGCAACACAGCAAGAACCCACAACCGACAAAGGAGAAACAUCACUGGCAGCAGACAGUUCUCCGCCUGCCAACACGGCAGAGAGCUCCGCCCCAACGCUCCCCAAAAGCGACUCGGACGCAUUCCUGACCACGCCGGACGAGGAGGACGAGGACAAAAUCAUCAACGCCAACACGGGACUGGAAGGGGACAGACUUGAACACCGAACGCCCAAGAAAGAUUUGCUGGAAAUAGACCGCUUCACCAUCUGUGGCAACCGAAUAGACUGACUGCCACAUAAAACCAGCAGUCAGCGUGUCCUGGCUCAACAGCAAGGUUCAGGGAUCAGACACGGGUCAUUGAGCACGAGCUCAGACCUGACAUACCCCUGAAGUAUUUAUUUAUUUAUUACUGACAACCAGCCGAGGCAUAAAGCUGUUACUACAAAGCCUCGCAGGUCCCUUCAGAUGCUUCCGUCUGGUCCAGUCGGUACCUCGUGAACCAAGUAGACUCCGAGGACGGGUCUCGGUUGUGACGACGAUUGUGAGAUCUAGGGCAGAGCGCGAAGAGAGAAACAAAAACUGCACUUGUGAAAUAGUGCGAUGUGGGUCGCUGUGUGAUCUAAGCAACACGGCAGCUGGACUGUGCGAGUACGUGUUCAAAAGCACAAGCUUAUGUGUACAGAGUUGUUUUUAGAAAGAACAAAACUUCUUUUUUUUUUUAAACUAAGUUUUUAUGAAGAAUCUCAGAUCUUUUUGCUAAAAUCGACCUGCAGGUAAUGGCCGAAAUACACGGAGCCCGGCCGAGGUGCCACACAUCUGCUUUGACCGAGCGCAUCCAUUACAAUCAACUGAAGCUGCAGGUGUGGCACUGCUCAUCUCUAUUUUUACACAACUUUUUUUUUAAUACACAGCCCAAAAACUACUUUAAAAAACUGCUUAAAAAACAAGUACAUCGGUUUAAAAAUAGUUUAAAGAAAUACCUCAUUGUACCGGAGACAGUGCGACAUUUCACAUUACAAUAAAUCAAUCGCAUCAAAGUGUUUCUCGUGAACCUGUAGUUAAAACAAUCCAGUUAAUUAAUUCAGCACCAGUUAAUAAUCAACUGCAUUAUAUAAUUGGCAAAACUCAAAGUGAAGCUGUCACACGACCACACGCUAGACGGGAAAAAAACGUCUCGGCCUCGUCUCUGUGACGCGUUGCGUCCGUGCCCCGUGUAUUUCUGCCGACUCACAAUCACAUCAACACAUUGUUGAAAUCUCACACUUGCUCUGCAGACACACAUUUUAAAGGAUUUUAUUUUAAAGUAUGUUAUAAGCUGCCAGGAAUGGCUGAAGUUACAGUCUGGUCACAGAGGCAACUUUACCUUUUAGACACGGGGUAAAAAGUUUGGAAGUUUUAGUAUCGAGCUGUUUGUCUUGAUAUUGUUACUUUGAAGCACUAAGAUAAGAUGGCGCCUGUUUGUAAAGGCAAAAGUAUUUAUUUUGAAGUGGACUCCAAGCCAGAACAGUUUGGAUGAUGUAUCUUUUUUUUAUGUGAAUUUCUUUUUCUUUUCUUCAAUAUGCUAUAUGUGUACACUCGCCAUUCAAGCAUGUAGCCGACAGAUAACCACGUCUUGGUGUAACACCACUGUGUUUCAUUUCAAACCCAUGGUGCGAGGCACUGGCAUACCAGCAUCAUUUUUAAAUGUUUUAUCUAAGUCUUUAUCUUGACAGUGAAGUGAAAAAUAAUUCAGAUUACAUGGAGGACGGUGAAAUGUUGAAGGAUUACCUGAAGGCUGAGACACUGAUGAGGGUGAAUGAUCUCUUAAUAACAGGAAAUGUAAACAUACAGCACUGUGUGGACCCAGCAAUAGGAAAAGUCUGGCUUCAACCCUAAAGGUUGCUGCCAUUGCUCAUUGUGGUCAUCAGAAGCUCUUUCCAAAUCCUCGUGUACCCAACAGUCCUCAGACGCUGCAGCUGGAGGCACUGUUUGACUAAACAGUCUGGUCUGAAGAGCCCAACUGAUCCAAGUCCAACCUAUAGCCCCAAGUUCUCUCCAUUUCCACAUUUCAUUACAUUCGAGCCACAGUGCUCACAAGGUUUCGUGAAAUAGAAAUACCCUGUGAUCUUUGAAAAAGCCCAGAAGGUCUUUCAAUAACACUUCUGCUCAGAAGAUAAGGAAAUAGAGUUGCAACUUAGGCAAUAGAUUAAAUAAGCAUUGCACAACGUAAGUUGUUAAUAACAGGUGGGAAGGAGGACGCAACCAAAGAAUCCCACAGUACUCGCUUAAUUGAUUAAUGUUUCUAUUGUCAUGUUUCAGUUAGUGGCCCUUCUGGGUUUUUCAAAGAUCACCAUUUAUUGUUCAGAAAAAAUAGGAUUGGAUUAAAUGUAAUACACGAGAGGCACAACCGGGUCAAGUCUAGCCCUACCAGAGGACAGUCAAUACAGUAAAAUAAAUGUGUGUGAGAGAUCAUUUGCAGUGCAUGAAUGGAUCUCACUACCUAAAGACACUAUAUGUGUGAAUGGGAUAUUUCAUUGUUUUUUAUUUUUCAUGUACAUCCCAUUUAUGUAACAUAUUUCCUACAUGGUAGAUGGAGAAUAAAACAAGAUUUUGUUUUGUAA